AUGGCGAGGGUAUAUAGGGAACCCAGCUACCAUAUUCGGACCUUCACUCUGGUUUCGGUGAAGCUGGAGGGCGUAGCUAUGCUGAUCUCCUGCCUGUGGACAACUCUUCCAUGGAUUGUAAUGGGCCAGACGUACUACAUGAGCUUCGUAUUCAACAACUAUGGGCCCUCUAGGAUAAGUGCGCCUCAACUGGGAUUCAACGGCACAUCAAAUCCGCAAAUGGACGGAGGUACCCUAGAGGUCAGCUCGGAAGAGCAUUCACGCGGCGGUGAAACCCUAGAAGUCAGUUCGUUAGAGCACUCAAGGGAAUCCCAACAGAGGCCAUCCCGUAAAAAAUACAAGGAAAUGGAAACUCUUGAACUGAGUUCAGAAGACCAUUCGCGGAAGACUCAUAGUAACUCAAGACCCGCUGUUGAAGAUCAGGACUCAAGCGAUUCGGAUGAGACGUUGAAUUGGUCCACGACUGCAAGGAUAAGGCCUACGACUUCAAAGAGGAAAACAAAGACUACGACCAAUGAAACUCCUGAGUGGCCCACCGAAAUCACCACGCAGUCAACAAGAGUUACUGUUAUAGAAACUGUUCAGCUUCCGGGAACCGUUUCCCCUGAAGUCACCGAGGAUCCCCAGACACUCUACACGGAUCCGCCAGAACUCGGAUCAUCGGCGACCAUAGAUCAACAGGAGAAGCCAACAAGGACUCCUCCCAGGACUUGGGUCGAGACCGUUACACCGCAUCCCAGCGAAUUCUUCGAUUACCCACAGGCCACGUGCAGAGAGGACAUGGAUCUGCACGAGGUGUUUGGCAUUACUCUCGAACGAGACCGCGGCCUGCCCACCAAGAUAUUGUGCGACUUCAAGAACAGCUGGGGGGGUCCCUGGCUGCUGAUGACGCGGAUAGAGCUCCCAGUGCGCAUACACCUGCGACACUGGUUCUUCGGCUACGUAACGCCCGACUACAAGGACAUUAACAUCAACUUUCUGGGCCUGGCCCACAUCAUGAACUCGAUGCGAACAGCCAUGCUGAUAAUCGGGCAGGACAGGGACAACAAGUUGGUCUACAAUCUGUACGACGAUGUGGUCAUCUCGGCCUUCAAUGAUCUGUUCAUGUUGCGCAAAGCCGAGUUGGUGGAGGCCAACACCACGGAACUGCUGUUCGUGUCCGUGGGCAAGGUGAUGAGCUCGUAUGCGGGCCGGAAUCGAUCGUGUCCUCUACAGGUCCUCGGCAGCUGGUGGGGUCAUCAUGUGGUACAGGAAAUGUACCAGGGAUUUUUCUGUGUCUUCCCCAAGGAUCGGGACAUUUCCAUGCCUGGCUAUGUGGCCAUUUUUAUCAAGCCCAGUUUAUUUCCGGCAAACCACACAGCUCUGUACAACAAGCCCAUAUCCACGCGACGGCCCUGGAAAACCAACCUAAAUACGAAGAUAUUGAAUGAAACUGCCAUAAACUCGCCGACUAAGAAAAGCCAAAAGUCCGAAUGGGAUCGCAACAAGGUGGCUGUCAACAAGGAACUGGUGCGUCGUGCAAGGAUCUUCGAGACAAUCGAUCGGUUGAGAAUGGAGGAGGCAAGGCAUAACAGGGGCAUUGGGUAGCAUUAAACGGGGUCUAGAUUUAGGUUCACAAACUAAGGCUGGGAAUUCUCCAUUACUCAAGAAAGAUAAGUAUUUAAGUUUGGUAACGUUUAAAUACUAA